UCAAGCCUUCAUUUUAUCUCUUAUACCUUUUCGAUUCUUCUUCAAUCUUCUGACAUCAAAUGGCGGGAAAGCUGAUAUCCACCGGUCUCCGUCACACUACUUUGCCGGGAAACUAUGUCCGGCCAAUCUCCGACCGUCCACGUCUCUCUGAAGUCUCUCAACUCGAAGAUUUCCCUCUUAUCGAUCUUUCUUCCACUGAUCGAUCUGUUCUCGUCCAACAAAUCCACCAAGCUUGUGCUCGAUUCGGGUUUUUUCAGGUCAUAAAUCACGGAGUAAGUAAACAAAUAAUAGAUGAGAUGGUAAGUGUUGCGCAUGAGUUCUUUAGCAUGUCUAUGGAAGAAAAAAUGAAGCUAUAUUCAGACGAUCCAACGAAGACGACAAGAUUAUCAACGAGCUUCAAUGUAAAGAAAGAAGAAGUCAACAAUUGGAGAGACUAUCUUAGACUCCAUUGUCAUCCUAUCCACAAGUAUGUCCAUGAGUGGCCUUCAAAUCCUCCUUCUUUCAAGGAAAUUGUAAGUAAAUACAGUAGAGAAGUACGAGAAGUGGGAUUUAAAAUAGAGGAAUUAAUAUCAGAGAGCUUAGGCUUAGAAAAAGAUUACAUGAAGAAAGUGCUUGGUGAACAAGGUCAACACAUGGCAGUCAAUUAUUAUCCUCCAUGUCCUGAACCUGAGCUCACUUAUGGUUUACCUGCUCACACCGACCCAAACGCCCUAACCAUUCUUCUCCAAGACACUACCGUUUGUGGUCUCCAGAUUUUGAUCGACGGCCAAUGGUUCGCCGUUAAUCCACAUCCUGAUGCUUUUGUCAUCAACAUUGGUGACCAGUUACAGGCAUUAAGCAAUGGAGUAUACAAAAGUGUUUGGCAUCGAGCUGUAACAAACACCGAAAAUCCGAGACUAUCAGUUGCGUCGUUUCUAUGUCCAGCUGACUGUGCUGUCAUGAGCCCGGCCAAGCCCUUGUGGAAAGCCGAGGACAACGAAACAAAACCAAUUUACAGAGACUUCACUUAUGCUGAGUACUACAAGAAGUUUUGGAGUAGGAAUCUGGACCAAGAACAUUGCCUCGAGAAUUUUCGUAACAACUAAGAUACUUAUAUGUCUCUGGCCUUUAUGUUUGUCUAUAUACAAAUCUAUGUAGCAGCAUUGAUGUUCGAUUGUAUACUCCUUUGUUUGCAUACUUCUACCAACAUUUUGUUCUAGACGUAUAAUAAUAAUAUUAAUAAUUU